GUCUUCCUAUGUAUUUCUCCUCUGUAAUACUCCUCCUUUUAUCCCUGUGCCUCCGGUGCAUUUUACCUUUGGACUUUAUUUUCAGUUCUCGUUUUGAGUUUUUCACCAAACCUGACACCCAUAUGGUACAUGAGGCCCACUGGUGUUCAUUGAGGAAAGUCUUGCAGCCCCUUAUUUCAGUGGAUCCUCAAAGACAUCUCUGGGGUCUGGAGCAGCAAUCACUUCCCUGCACUGCAUCUUAAUGACAGAGGAGCGGAGAGGAGAGAUUGUGUCUCUCCGAGGAGUUGGUGGACUGGCAGGUCAGCAGACAUGGAGGAAGAAAUCAGAUCAACCUGAACCACCACCUUUUGUCACCAAGGCUGUCAGAGGGUCUCUCAACAUUCAACACGAGGGGUCAUCUGACAGGCUCCGCUGCUCAGAAAAACGCAACGAGAGUGAAAGGUCAAGGAUUUCUGCCAGCCAGACAGCAAGGUUGUCUGGGAUUCUCUUCUUCUUAGGAGACACCCCGGGGCAGACCCAGAACACAGAGGCGGAAUAACACCCCCUAACUGGAAACGCCUGAGGAUCGCAUGCCAGGUUGCUGAGUGUUUCCCAGUGCCAUCGACAAGGUACCAGAGGCAGGAAGGUCCAAAUUAAAACUUAUGUUGGCUCUGUCCGGGUUUGCUAACACCAGCUAAGCCUGUAAUUGAUAGGAACACACACACAGGAUCCAUUUCGUUUCAUCUGACUAAGAACUUGGAAAACUAUGAGAUAAUGAGGUGGCAGAGGGCAGUAUGGAGAGCAAUGGAGACUACGUCAUCUGUGGAUCUCUUGGGCCUGUACGCAAACUGAUGUUGAUCAAGAGUUCCACAGGAAACCCAUCCAGCAGCAGCAGUGAGGAUGAGGAGGACCUGAGUGCGGGGGACAGAGAAGGCUACAUCUGCGCCGUGUGUUUGGACGUCUACUUCAGCCCUUACAUGUGCCACCCCUGUAACCACAUCUUCUGUGAACCCUGUCUGAGGACGCUGGCGAAGAACAGCCCCACCAACACACCCUGCCCCCUCUGCAGAACAAUCAUCACGCACGUUUUCUUCCAGAAGGAGCUGAACCAAACAGCGAGGACAUUCUUCCCAAAGGAAUACCUUUCUCGGAAACAGAAUUUCCAGAAAGCAAGCUGUGCGAAGUGGCCUCUGCCGAGCUGCAGGAAACUCUUCCGCAUCUUUGGAGGCUUUCAGAGGCAGUCCAGUCCCAUCGCUCGACGCCAGUUCCCCCAUGGAGGAGGCUACCGUCUGGACACUCUGGACUUUGAGGACGACUCUCGAGGCUGGCGCUUUGACAUGGACAUGGUCAUCAUCUACAUCUACUCCGUCAACUGGGUCAUUGGCUUUUUCAUAUUUUGCUUCCUUUGCUACCUCUUCUUCCCUUCUUUUUGAACCUCCUGAAACACUCAGAAAGGAUGGAGACCCUAAAAGAAAUGACUAAAAUAAAGACUGAAAGAAGAAACAGAGGGCAGGGACCCUCAUGAUUGUAGUAGAGAGGGGGAAAGUGAGGUGAAAUGAAAGACAAUUAAAUUCAAGCAGAGCUUGGUGUGGUGGAGGGAAAAACAACAGAGUGUCAGCUUGUUGUCUCUCAUUAAUAAAUGAUUGAAAUGGGGAAAUGGUGUAUAGGGGGAUGUUUGGGAAUCCAAUGUUCUCUGGGCUCUGUUUC